AUGGAAGAAGACAGCACAGACAAUUACCGGUUGAAGGAUGUUGUCUUUUUCGGCGCCCAGCGCCGCAUCCUUUUGCAAAGCAAGAAUGGGCCUUGUCCACUUCUCGCAAUAUGCAAUGUUUUGCUGUUGCGCAACGUGCUUAAGAUUAGCCCAGACACCAGGUACGUGACUUUCACGGAGUUGGUACAGAUGGUGUCGGAUUGGCUGUUCGAAGCCAAUUCCAAAGACAGUGGUGGUGACAGUUCACGUGCAGCAAAUCUGCGUGAAAGUCUGAAUUCCUGUCUGGAAGUGUUGCCAAAGCUCAAUGUUGGUUUGGAUGUGAAUUGCCGAUUUGGAGGUGUUGCUGACUUCGAGUACACGCAGGAGACAACCGUUUUCGACAUGUUGGAUAUAGCUCUUUAUCACGGAUGGAUUAUCACGGAGGAGGACACACGAUCGCAUGAAGUUCUUUCUCACCUAUCUUACAACCAGGUCGUUGAGAAGCUGAUAGCCUACGAGGAAUUGCAGACGAACAUGCGUGAGGAUGGAGGCACGCAAAGUCCACAGUCCGAGAAGACCUUAGAAGAGGGUUUGCUCAUCAAGGAGUUCCUAGACCGCACUCAGACCCAGAUUUCGCCUGAAGGACUUCUAGCUCUCCAGUGGGCAGUUCGGGAACGACAACUAGCUGUGUUCUUUCGCAACUCCCAUUUCAACACGCUGCUCAAAUUCGAGGGUCAGCUAUACUUGCUGUGUACUGACAUUGCUUUUGCCAAUUCAGACGUGCUGUGGGAGAGGUUUGAUCAGGUUGAUGGAGAUACCGAGUAUGUUGAUGCGGACUUCCGCUCUGGCCAGCAGGCUGGUGGCCCCAGACUGUAUGCAGGCUGUUCGCGGAUCCAGCGGAUGAAGUGCUGA